GGUGGCCGAAUUUACCAAAGAUAAAAUUAUAAAGACUGGAAUAAUUAGGGUCUAUGAGAUGCUACAUUUGGCAAAAAAUACUGGAUGGUUUUGCACUAUAAAUUUAUACAAAUAAGUGAAUAACCAUCCACUAAACACACAUAAAUGUGUGUGUAUUUGUUAAUGUGGCAAGACCUCCAAAUGUAUUUUAUCGGAUGUAGCAUCAGCAGAUCGAACGGAUAUCGAACGGAUAAUUAAUGGGAAAAAACAUCUCAAUUUUGCUCCAAAUUAGGUAGGGGUAUUCCUGUCAUUUCAGUAAAAAAAAAAAAACAAUUGACUGGAUAAAGCAAAAUGCAUGGAUCUUUCACACGUGUACACACGUAGACAUUCCCCACACCCUAUAUUUCUUCACGUUAGACCAAAUCCUUCUCAUCUUAAUUUCUUAUUUAGUAAUAAAUCCCCACAAUAUAUUUUUUUUAUUAAUCUCCAAAUUUCACAGAUUGCACUAUUAAAUAAAAUUUCGCUAUAUAUUAAAUUCUUCUCUCUCUCUAAAAACCCUUUUUUAUACUGUGUGCUCAAGAAAUUGCAAUCAGGAAAAAAAAAAAAAUCAGAAUAUAAGAAUAAUCAAGAAAUGGACGGCGGCUCGUGGGCUGAUCAGUGGGACAACAGUUCAGAUCCUCUGCCGGAGAAAAAGAAGAGCGGCGGCGGUGCGGCGGCGAAGUAUGGGAAGAAGGUCGGAGAAGGGCUGGGGAAAACUAAAUCGGCGGCCACCACCGGCGUUAAGAAGGUUAAAGAAGGCACCUCUGUCGGAUUCCGGUGGAUCAAAGACAAGUGCCAGAAAUCCAAAAGCUGAUUAUAUAUAUAAUAUAUUUAUUUAUAUAUAAAUAUGGACGGUGAUUUUUAUUUUAUUUUUAAUUAAAGUUUGUUGAUCUAUUUAUUUGAAAUAAAAAUGUGUUGGAAUUAUUGUUGAUGUACAUGAAUUUUUAUUUUUAUUUUAUUUUUAUUUUAUUU